AUGGCGGUGGCGGAGGAGCUGCGGGCGCUGCGGGCGCUGGUGGAGCGGGCGGGCGGGCGGCGGGCCGUGCUGCUGGUGGCCGAGGUGGCGGAGGGCGCCCCGGCGGCGGCCACGCUGGCCGGCUUCGCCCGCGACCUCCUGGGCGACGAGGCGCCGGCGCAGCCACCGGAGCCCGGGUGCCCCCGGCCGCUGCCGCCGCCGCCGCCGCCGCCCCGGCACCGCCGCUGCCGCCGCCGGCGGGCGCUGGCAGCGCGGCUGCUGCUGGUGCUGUGCCGCGGCGGGGCGGCGCGGGGCAGCGCGGCGCGGACGCGCCUGCGGGAGGUGGUGCGCGACGUGCGCGGCCGCCUGCCCCCGGCGCCGCCGCCCGCCGUCGUCGGCGUCCUCCUGCCCGACGGCGACGGCGAGGACGCGGCGGUGCUGGACGAGACGCUGCGGCGGCACUUCCCGGCGCCGGGCACCGUGCAGGCGGCUCGCUACAGCCCCGGGAGCGCCGCCGCCCUGCGCGACUGCCGCGCCGCCGCCUGCCGCGCCCUGCGGGCCGCCCUGCAGCACCCAGCAGAGCGGAAAGAAAGCGAGAGGUGGAGACUCCCUUCCUUCCUGCAAUGCAUUUAUCAUGGCUGCAGGAGAAAAGGCCAUGUAGCAGAACCUGCAAAUGUUCAUGAAGAUGACAUGCAGGACCUUGAGGAAGAAGUGGCUCUGACCAGCCUAUCGCCCAAUGGAAACUAUGGACAAGCUGCUGGAGGCAUAGGGACCUAGAGCUGCUGCGGACCCAGUAUGGGUCGUGUCCUGGAUCUACCUGGCUGA